UUUUGAUGUAAUGAUUAGAAAAAAUGGCAAAAUCAACACGCAUAACAAACAUAAUCUAUACAGUGUUUAUAUUGAUUAAUGAAUUCUUUUUUGGCAUAACAUUAAAUUCAAUAUGGCCAACAUUGGUCGAUUUGAGCUAUAUUUAUAAUGUUCCAUCAAAAUCUUUAAACUUUAUAGCAUCAUUCUCAGCAUUGGGUUACUUGAUUGGAGCUUUAAGUGGAAUUGCAUACAAAUGGUUAAAUCGACAAUUGAUUUUGGUCAUAAUGAUAGCCAUGGCUGCUAUUAUGAUACUUUUUGUUCCAUAUUACGGUACGCUAAGCAAUUUGUUUAUAGCUACAACAUUUGCAGGAAUUGGGCUAGGAUCAUGGGAUAGCUCCAAUACGUUAUGGUUGAUGGAAAUGUGGCCAAAACAUCAAGCAUCAAUGAUGCAAGCCCAACAAUUUACGUUUGGUUUAGGAUCAAUUACAAGUGCAGGUGUCAUGUCUAAAUUUGUUCAAGGUAUAAAUAAGAAUGAAACCGAGGUCACUGUAAAAUCGCGGCAAGAUUUGUUAAUCAUUCCAUUCUCUGUGAUUGGAUCCAUACAAGUAGCUACAUCAAUAAUAUUACUUAUUUUGUUCAUUGUGAGACGAUACAGAAAACCAAUGGAUGUAAAAUUAUCCGAACAAAAAGAAGAUUUUAAAGAACCAUUGCCAAAGAUAAGAUUUCACAAAACCAAAUUGGUAUUGAUGGCUUUGACGUUAUCAUUUUAUACAGCUGCCGAACAAGGAUAUUUUUUCUUUUCCGAUACAAUGUUUCAAUAUUGGAAACCGGUGAUGACAUCAAGCAAAUCGGCUACUGUAUUGGCAACACUUGCAGCAGCAUAUACUACCGGUCGUUUAGUAACAGCAUUCAUAUCAAUUCGUCUGAAACCGGACAUUAUAAUUGUUUAUCAUUAUAUUAUAAUUAUUAUAUCAUUAACAUGGCUUAAUCUGACACACAAUUCCGAAUUAUCCAAUUAUUUAGCUACAGCAUUUCUUGGUUAUGGUUAUUCAGCCAUGUGGCCAGCAUUGAUUUCAUUUGCCGAAAAUCAUCUUCGAUUAACUGAUCGAUCAAGUUCAUUUAUAUUUUUCUGUGCAGGAUUAGGUGCAGUGCUUACACCAUUAUUAAUUGGUUCAAAAUUGAAUAGUGAACCAUUAAUUUUGAUGAAAUUCUGUGCCAUAUAUUUUGCUAUCAGUAUUAUUUUUUUCAUUAUUCUCAAUCUAAUGAUUAGAUGUUGUCCGAAAAAAACAUGACAGAU